AUGGAGUUGACUUCAGCGACUUCUGAAAAUUCCGGAGUGUGGGAAUCAGUGGCAUGGGAACUGUGUUCGACCUACUUUACAUUAGCUACUCAUUUGCAGGAACGACCCCCUUCAAGCUACUGUAGCAGUAGUGAGAUCGAAAAGGACAUUACCAGCUUUAUGCACAAGGCACUGCGCACCAUCGAUGAGCUGUGUAAAAGAAAUUCAGCCCGCCUUCCUGUUUACGCCUACCGCCGCGCUGUCAUCUACCACCGUCUUGGUUCUCUGUACCACAAGUUGUAUCGCGAGAACUCAAGUAAGGAUAGCGUGAAUACCUCAAAGACAAAAAAUUGGAAGAAUUUGGCUGAACUUAACUAUGAAAAAUCAUCCGCCGGAUAUUUGGAAUUGAUAUCAGAUGCUUACGUGGAUCUGAUCCACAUCAAUUUGGAGCGAACGCUGCUGAUGCUACUUUACGCCGACAAUAUCGCGUCGCACAGUUUGAAGCUGAAGGCGUACGAGAAGGCAUUGCGACUGUUACUCGAGUGUAAGCCGGCUUUUUGGGAAAUGGAGAAGAGCAGCCACCCAACCGCUGAUCAUCAGGCCAGUGAUUCUCAGGACAGCACCGGUCGACGAGCUACACGACGCGGGACGGCGGCGGCCGGCGGCUGGCAGUGUGGUGAGGUGGCCGACGAAGAGGACGUCACCACUCUGAGUAACUCGGUGUUGCAGCGCAUGCAGUUGCUGUCGAGAAACUUUCUGAAAUUUUACCGGUCACAAAGGAGUGGCGGGACCGACGCCAAGUGA